CUUAUUUUUGUUUACAUUUCUUACUUUAUACGGUUGAGAAUGCGAUUUGCUCAGCUUAUUGUGGGACCUGCGGGCAGUGGCAAGUCCACGUAUUGCAGCACAAUGCAACAGCAUGGCUUCGACACCAAACGGAACAUACAAGUUGUUAAUUUAGAUCCGGCCGCAGAAUACUUUUCCUAUAAGGCUCUGGCGGAUAUACGGGAUCUGAUUCAUUUGGACGAUGCCAUGGAGGAUGAGGAACUGCACUAUGGACCCAAUGGGGGCUUAAUAUUCUGCCUCGAGUUCCUCAUCGAAAAUCAGGACUGGCUGAAGGCGCAACUGUGCGGGGCUGACGACGAGAUAAUGUUGGGAGAACCCGAUGAUGAUUAUAUAUUAUUCGAUAUGCCCGGACAAAUCGAGUUAUUUACACAUCUUAAGAUGGGCAAACAGUUGGUACAAUUACUAGAGUCCUGGAACUUUCGCGUCUGUGUCGUUUUUUGUCUGGAUUCACAGUUCAUGGUCGAUGGCGCCAAAUUCAUUUCCGGCACAAUGGCCGCUCUCAGUGUGAUGGCCAAUUUGGAGCAACCACAUGUAAAUGUGCUGACCAAAGUAGAUUUACUGAAUGCCGACGCACGAAAGCAACUGGAGAUGUAUCUGGAGCCGGAUACACACAGUCUGUUGGGUGAAGUAACGAUAGGGUCGGCCUUUGGUGAGAAAUAUCGAAAGCUAACAGAGGCUAUAGGCGCACUCAUUGAGGAUUUUAGCUUGGUUCGGUUUUUCCCCUUGGACUCGCAGGACGAAGAGAGCAUUGGUGAUCUUUUGUUGCAGGUUGAUAGCAUAUUACAAUAUGGUGAAGAUGCCGAUGUGCAAGUCCGUGAUUUUGACGAACCGGAAGACGCACGCGAUGACGAUAUGUAAAGGGCGUCUACCAAAACUUAGCUUUGUAGGACUGUAAAUAAAGUUAAACUGUAAUAAAGUA